AUGUCCGUGACAGCCGUGGCCGGGGGUUCCGGGGGCCACGUGGGCAGUGGCGACCUGGGUGGCGGGGCAGGUGACCUGGAGUCGGAUCUGUCCGGCGGGGAGUACCGGAUCCGCUUCGCCGGCAACCUGGGGCCGCUGGACGCCCUGGAGCCGGCGCUGCCCCCAGCCCCCGCGCCCUCGCCGGCCCCGCUGCACGCCGUCCCGCACGCCGCUGUCCACGCCGCGGGGUCACAGUACUCCAUCACUGGACUGCUCCAGUCCCUCGGCGACUGCGGCCUGGGCGGACUAGGCGGCACCCUCAGCGCCACCCUCGGCUCGCUGGGCGGUCUGGGCGCACUGGUGCAGCCCGAGCAGGUCAUCGGCCAGCAGAGCGUCGCCUUCAGCAAGCUAGGUUACAACGACAGCGUUUACGCCGCCCCGAUGUGCGGGCCGGUGGCGGUGGGGCCGGGGCAGGGCCUCGCGGCGGCCGAGGCGCCCCCAUCCUCGCUGGGCUUCUCGCCCCUGUCGAGCCCCGCGCUGCCGACGCCCCACGACGGUGGCGGCGGCGGCUCGUCGGGGCCAGGCAAGCGGAAGCAGCGCCGGUACAGGACCACCUUCAGCAGCGCGCAGCUGGACGAGCUGGAGCGGGCCUUCCACAAGACCCACUACCCGGACGUGUUCUUCCGCGAGGAGCUGGCCCUGCGGAUCGACCUGACGGAGGCGCGUGUCCAGGUGUGGUUUCAGAAUCGGAGGGCCAAGUGGAGAAAGCAAGAGAAGCUCGCCGUGAAGCAGCACCACAACCACCAUCACCAUCAUCAUCAUCACCACCACCAGCAGCAGCAAGAUCAGGACCAGCAUGGCGAGCACUUGCACCAUCACCAACACGUGGAGGAACACCAACACCAUCAUCACCAUCAACUCCAAGUGCCGGAGGUGGCGCACAUGAGUUUGCCGGUUUCAGUGUCACCGACGUCGUCACCCGUGCCUGUGAUGGCAGAUGGCGGACCCAUGCUGGGCAGCGCUGCCAUGGGCCUCGUGGCUCCGCUGGGAUCCCUUGGCCAGCUCGGCCCUCUCCAUUCAGACCCGAGCCCGGUCCCAGGCAUGGGGCUCUUCCUCGGCAUGGAGUGGGGCGGCUGCACCGGCUUCGCUUCAUACCCUGUCUCCCAUGACAGCGACCUGGGUCGGCUCAAGUCGUCCCCGGAGCCAGCUGGUCACGACCAGGGCCACGAUGGUCACGACCAGCAGCAGGCAGGGACGGAGCAGCAGCCUGGGGCCCACGGAGGCGCCCGGCUGGGGAUGCAGCUCGGAAACGGAAACGAGUAGUGUGCCAAAUUGGUCCGUCCAUAGCGUCCGGAUUUGGUGCGAGUCGUCCCUUACGAUGCCGCUCCCGGCCGGCACGGUUGCGAGGUGUGCGAACACCUCCUGACACAUCGAUUGGCGGGCCCCUACCGCAGGGCUUCCCCCUCCCCCUUCAGACCAGGUAGAGGGGCUUCCCUCAGGCUCAGCCCGGCGGCGGCCUCUGGGCCCCACACCAGGAAAGGGAGUGCAGAUGGGUGUACCUCUUGCCAAACCCUGAAAUAAUUAGGUUUUAUGACCGAGGGAUUCUCACUCCUAAGACGCAGCAUCACGUUACGUGGUAAAUGAUGGUAAGAUCUUUUUUUAACCUGCCGGCCGACAGUUGUUCCUGUGGCUGAGGAGCAUUGUUUUUGUUUCUGAGUCGCAGUUAAUUGAAGCAAUACCAGCAAUACUACAAGUCAUAGUGAAGAAGAAAAAAAAAGACCCAUAAUUAUUUAACAGUUUCAGUACCUAUGGGAAAUUGAAAUAAUAAAAAAAAGGGCUAGAGAUAACCACAA